CAAUUAAAUAUUUUGUUUCCGGUAAGUUAAUUUUUCGUCUGCAACAUUUAUACUUUCACAGCCUCAGGAGAUUUAAAUAAACGAAAUCCUUUUGGCAUGCUCUCCUUGGGAUGUGUAUUGGUUAUGAUAGGUGUGGAAUUGAUGCUGAUCUAUUGAUGGUCAAUCUGUAAGAUGAAGUGAAAGACAGAAUAACUCAGUGACAAAAUGGAGGAAGAAGACAUUAAUUGGAAAGAAAGAUGCCUGAUACUAGAAACUUCACUACAGAAAUUCAGGGAACAAGUGACCAAAAUCAGAGAAACACUUGGAUUAAAGGUAAAAGAUUUGGAGGGAAAGAAACUAGAAGCAGAAUAUGAAGCAAAGACAGCUGCAGAUAAGAUACAGAUCAUGGAACAACAGUUAGCAGCCAUUAACAUGCAGCCAGAUGAACUGGAUGAUAGAAUUCAUAUCCUAGAAAAACAGUGUGUAGAAAAAGAGGAGAAAAUCAGAUCUUUACAGCUAUAUCUAGAAGAACAGAAACUACAAAGACAACAUGAUGCUAAGAUGGUAGAAGAAAAGGCUGGUAAAAUAAAGGAAUGGGUCACUUCUAAAUUACAACAGAUAGAAACAAAGAAUCAAGAAUUACAACAAGAAAAUGAAUCUCUUCAGGAUCAAGUAGAAAUUUUACGAGAACGUCUCCAAGCUUUGCCAGCUUUUGCUGCUAAAGAAAUUUACCGAUUAAGCCAACAGAGUUCUGUAUCUAAAGCUUCAUCUUAUAUAGAAGAGGAAGAAGAGUCCUCUUAUUGUGCUGAUUCACGACCUAAUUCUGUCUUCACAGACAUCUCUCAUCUAGUAGAAAAUGCAAUAUCUAGGUCAAGUUCACGACCUCAGUCAGAAACAUUUAGCCCUAUUGACCUAACAGUUACUAAAUGUAGACCUGUAUCAGAAGGUGGCUGGUCUGAAGCUAGGUCUGAAGUUAUUCAACUACGACCUUUGUCAAGGACACGACCUUCUUCAGAUUAUGCUGAAUCAAGGUCAAGGUCAGAUGUCAGUUCAAGUUCUCAGGACAUGUCAGAAGAUUCAAUUCCACCAGCUAUUCCUAAACGUCCUUCCCCAUCAGUAUUACAAGCUAUUGAACAGGAGUUGGAAGAUAAACGAGAAAACAGUAUCAGCCCUCCGUCAGAUACAAAAAGCUCGGCCAGUAUGAAAAGUGACAAAGAUACAGCAUUAGACAGCAACAGUGAUGAUAGUAUGCCUGAUAUAGAAACUAUUCCACUUUAUCAUGAAGUGGACCAGAAUCACGAAAGUACAUACGAACUGAAAAAAUGUCUACCUCCUCAAGUUGUGAUUGGACGUAAAGUGUUUAGCGGUGAAAAUAGACUCCUUGAUUCUCUUGUUAGUUCUAGUAAUGAUGAUGAUGAUAAAAAUGACGGGAAAAAUAAUAACAGUUUUUUGUUAAAUAAUGGAGAAGAUAAUGACUAUGAUGAUGAGGAGGAUAUUAUCAUAGAAGAUAUAAUUAUCAAAACUGAGAGUUCUCCUGCUGUGACCUUGACCCCUAUGUCAUCAAGGACACCAAUUUCACCUUUCUUUCCAAGAACACCUUCAGAAUCUCCAAGUAGUGUAUAUAAUCAUAGUUCAAAUAAUGUGUCGGCCAUUGCAACAUUACCUCGUGUGAAAAAGAGACAUGACAAAUCUUCACCAUUACAAUUGAUGUAUAGUGCUGGAGGAGUGCCAGAGGGGAUAGUAUCACAUGACAAACCACCCCCUGUCUUGGAGCCUCAUAUUGUCACUGGGAAAACAUCUUCAUUUUGGGAUAGCAGAACUUAUGCCAUACCUAAGAAAGUUAAAGACACUAGUCAACAACAUACCUCCACAUCUAAGCCAUCAGUACCACAAACAGUAAUUGGUAAACUGUAUAAAGAGUUUGAUGUUCCUGUUUAUGCAACUCUAAAAGGGAAGGCAGCACAGAUCAGGAGUACUCCUUUCACUGAAGAUUCCUCUACAGAUUCUUCUGAUGAAGACUGCUCUCUUAUUGUAACUCAGGCAGAACCUUCGAAAACAAAUAAAGUGCAGCAGAGCAGCUCAGGGGCCAUUAAAAGGGGUGUAUCAAGUUAUUCAGCUUCAUCUGAAGUAUCAUGUGAUUAUGUUGAUCCACCAGAGGAGAACUCAGGUAAAAGUGAUUCUGACACAUCAGAACCUGAACAGAAACUACUUAAGUAUGCUGUAGAUAACUGUAAACAUGACACUUUGGAGAAAUUUGGUUACCUGUCGAAGCUUGGUGGUAAAGUUAAAAUGUGGAAAAGAAGAUGGUUUGUUCUCAGGAAUGGAGAGUUGUUUUAUUAUAAAUCUCAGCAUGAUGUACUAAGAAAACCUCAGGGAUCAAUUAAACUAGAUGACCAGUCUAGAGUUGUGCAUACUAAAGGGGAAAUGGCAUUUCAGAUCACCUCAGGAAAGAAGACGUACUAUUUUACAGCAGAUACCCUGUCUGAAACAGAGAAAUGGAUAAGAUUACUACAGAAGGUGUUUAAAAGACAAGCUACAAGUUUUCUGUUAGAUCACAUGGACACUAAAGCUGUACUGAAAGGAACAUUGCAUAAAGUGAGGAAUGGAGUCUCAAGGAAAUGUUGGUGUGUUUUAGUUGGUAGAUAUUUAAUAUAUCACAGGAAUCCAUCUGACAAGACACCAUUAGGUCAGAUACAUUUAAGAGAUGCCAGGAUAGAAGACAUUGAUAAUAAUAAUGAUUCUGAUGAUGAAACUGAUGUAACCAAGGAAACCAAACAUGCCAUAGCAAUAUGGCCACCAUUCCAAGGACCAACCUAUCUUAUGUUACCUAGUCAACAUGAAAAGGAUUCCUGGUUGUACCAUUUAACAGUGGCUGCAGGGGGAGGGACAGGCAAUGUGGGGACAGAAUAUGAACAGAUUAUAUCUAAAGUGAUGGAGUGUAAUGCAGAUUCUAAUUCUGUAUAUUGGAAACACCCACUUUUAUUACACAGUAAGGACCCUAUCAAUAAACCCCUCACAACACUCCCCUCUGCUGAACUGGAGUUAAAGGCACUGGAAAUAUUUAAGUUAAUACUCCAGUUUACCUAUACACUAAUAGAAUCAACAAAUUUAGAAUACCAUACCAACUUGUCUCAGAAGUUAUUAGAUAUCUGUCUGGCGUAUCCAGAACUACAGAAUGAACUUUUCUGUCAACUCAUUAAACAAACAUCUAGUCAUCCAGUCCAACAGAAAACAGCUGUACAGAAUUUAUUAUUAUGUGGAAAACAUUCCUGGUAUUUAUGCCAUGCUACACCUACCUCACCCACCGGAUCAUUAAUGGACUUGUCCGACUCUAGAUUAAACCCUGCAGCUAAUGUCAUAUUACAGGGGUGGCAGCUAUUGUCCAUGUGUGUUUCAUUAUUCCUCCCAAAACAGAGCAUUAUGUGGCAUUUAAGAGUACAUCUACAAAGGCAUGCUGACCAAAGGUCAGAUAUUGGGAAGUAUGCCAUAUUUUGUCAGCGAGCUCUAGAGAGAACCAUUCUGAAAGGGAUUCGUGAAGUGAGACCAUCACGAAUGGAAGUGUUGUCUAUCUUGUUACGUAAUCCAUAUCAUCAUUCUCAACCAAUCAGUAUUCCUGUGCAUUUCCUCAAUAAUACAUACCAGGUUGUUAGUUUUGAUGGGUCUACAACAGUAGAGGAGCUGUUACAUUCACUCACGAAGAAGUUAUCCAUGAGGGAUUCUAAUCAGUCAGGGUUUGCCCUUUUUAGUGAUGACCCAUGUAUUAUUGAGGGGGAACAUUUCUUACAGUCACAUAUCAAGGUUUGUGAUGUCAUAUCCAAGUGGGAACAUAUAUUUAAAGAGAAUAACUCAGGGAAAUUAGACAGCAGCAGGACAAUAAAGUUUCUGUACAAAAAUAGGUUGUAUUUCAAAUCUACAUGCAAAUCAGAAACAGAUAAAGAGAAGUUGCUGUUAGCCUAUCAAAUCAACGAUGAUAUUGUUCAGGGAAGAUUUCCUCUCAAUAAAGACCUGGCUCUAGAAUUAACUUCAUUGUUAGCUCAGGUAGAAUAUGGUGAUCUGAAGCUGUCAACCUCAGACUAUAGUGAGAAUGGAGAUAUAUGCCAGACAAACGUUGCACAACAAGUAUCAACAGUAUUAGAUAGAUUUUAUCCUAAAAAGUUUACCUCUAUAUCAGAAGAAGAACAAAGAUCUGUGAUAAGUAAAUUGUUGGAGAGAUGGUCAUCUUUACGUGGUAGAUCAGCUCAGGAUUGUAUACGGGUAUAUUUGGCUGUGGUCAGAAAAUGGCAGAACUGUGGUGCUAAACUAUUUAGAACAAAGACAAAAACUUCUCUCAGUAAUACAGAAGAUGUAUGGUUAGCUGUCCAUGAAGAAGGGAUUACUGUAUUAGAAUAUUCAACAAUGCAACCAAUAAUUUCCUAUGAUUACCGGUCAGUAAUUACGUUUGGUGGUUGGAAAGACGAUUUCAUGAUAGUUGCUACACAGUUAAUAGAGUCAGCUCCACAUCAUUAUGAACACAGAACAGAGAAAUUGUUAUUUACCAUGCAAAAAUGGAAGAUUUUGGAGAUUACCUUACUGAUGGCUAGUUAUAUCAAUGUACGAGUACAAAGACCUUCCAAUGAUAUCAGCCCAGAAUCAUGACAAUCAUUUUCAACUUGUCUAUGAAUGUAGGUCAAACACCUGAUUAACAGACCAGAAUUCUGACAUCUAUUUUCAACAAAUCAGUGAAUGCAGUUAGAGGUCGGACACCUGAUGUUAUUGGUCCAGAAUCAUGACAACAAUUUUCAACUAAACAAUGAAUGUAGAUGGAGGUUUAACACCUGAUCUUAGUAGACCAGAAUCAUGACAACCACUUUCAACCAAUCAAUAAAUGCUGAUGAAGGUCGAAAACCAGUUUUUAAAAAAACAGAAUCUUGAUAACCAUAGAAUUUGUUUUAAAUUGGCAAGUUUCUGUUUGUGAUCAGUUUUAUGAAAGAAUUGCAAAGAUGGUCUUGAUUUUAUUUGUUCGAAUUCUGAUGUCCAAAAAUAAUUAUCUUGUCUGUUUAAACUCAUCUGCAAAGACACAGAGAGUUGAAAGAUUAUAUUUUAGGUUUAAAGUUACUUGACUCAAUUGUCAAUUUUUCAACAAAUUCAUGAACACAGGUGCAAAUACCUUUUAUUUGAUAUUUGUUAAAAAAUUUAAUGAAUUAAUGAUAAAGUCGUAAAUUUCCAACUUAUCUGUUUAUAAGUACACAUUUCAUCUUAUGUUGUCACUCCAAAUCCUGAGUACCAAUAGACCAUGUUCAUUUCAAAAUCGUCCAUGAAUUCAAAUGACCAGUUACAUCCUCAUCAGACAUUCAAGUUACACAAACCAAGAAGUUUAAAAUUCUAAUUCAGAAUACAAAGAUCAUCUUUUGUUUGUAAGUCUAAAAACAUGAUGACCAACAUUGUCAAUUUUCAAAAUCAUAAUGAAAUCUGAUGAUCAUGUACAUCAUAACAUUAUCAUCAGAUAUCCUAAUGACCAAAAAAAUACUCACAUCUUACAACCUCUUCAAUUGUUCCUAUCUUGCUUAAUCCUCAAUUUUGUUGAUGGAUUUUUUUAUCAAGUGACAUAGGAAUUGUUUUUGUAAUACAUGUCAUUUAAAAUAGGAUAGCAAUGAAUCAGGUAUUAAUAAAAAAAAAUGUGUCAGAAGUCUUAUAAAAAAAAACUUUUUGAAAGAUCACUAAAUAUUAUGAUGGAAAUUUUGAGAAUGGUGCACGAUUUUCCAUCUUUUUAUAUCUUUAGUAUUGGUACUGAAUUAUUCUCUCGAAAAACAAUAUUUUAAUUAAGAGCUGUUUUUUAUUAGAAACAAAUAGAAAAAUUACUUACAGAUAGUUCACUUUUGGACAGCAAACAUUUCUAACUAAAAUACUAAUAUAAAGCUUCUUUUUCAUGCCCUUUCUCUCAUAUUCAACUUCCUUAAAAUCAAUCACAAUACAAAUUUCCUGCUCUUCAUCCUGGUAUAUCAAUUUUGCAGUAAAUAUUUUUUUAUAUAUUCCCCUUAAUAUGCAUUGGAUAAGAAAGCAAAUAGCAAAUAAUUAUUCUAUCAAUCAUCCUGUUUUCUACUACCAAUACUUGCAAAGGUGAUAUAUUUAGUUACAAUGAAUUUUUUACUUUCAAAUAUAAUAAUGAUAAAACCUAGUUUAUUUGUAUCAGUACGUCUAGCUUGUCUGCUGGCAAAGCAAUCAUGUGAUUUUCCUAUUGAAUACUGUUAUUUUAUAUAAUAUGAGUUUUGUUGGAUAGAAAUUGACCUUACAAUAAUAAUACAUCUGUUUAUGGAAAGUCUAUAACUGUUUGAAAAUUAAGUUGAUAAAACACACUUAAAAAACUGACCAAAUUCAUCUUUGAUUUUGUAUUUGAAUGUUCCAAAAUCAAUCAUUCAUGUCAGAAUUUUUCAGAAGUAGGGACCCACUCACUGGCCUAAGAGGGGGCCCACUACAGUCGCGCUUCAGUGAUUCCCUAUAUAAGCAACAUAAAUCCGCCUCUGCAUGCGUAUGUAUACCUGCUCUUGCAUAAGGUCGAUGAUCAUCCAACGCAGCUCAAUUACUUAAAAGUUGUCUCUAAAAGUUAUUCAGAGUCAAUUCUUUUUUUUUGAUUCAUCAUGUACUUAAUUUAGAAAUGAGAAGUUGUUAACAUUUUUUGAGAUUAUUUUACAAGACAUAAUAUCAUAGGGCAUAUUGUGCAAUUGUUUUGUUAUGUGUCACACCUUUUGUUGUAAGUUUUCUUGUUUCUUUAUAUUAAAAAGAUUUAGAAUGA